AUGAGCGGAUGGAAAACCAUCCACACAUUCGACUCCGUCCAAGGACUCGCUGGCAUCGCUGAGCCAGCUGAGGAUUUAUUUGUCGUAGUGGGUGGAAAUAUUACUCUCGGGGGCAAUGGGACUAGCAACAAUGCGAGUGGGAAUGGCUCUCCGUUCUUUGCAUGGACUAUUGACUUCCGAUACAACACCACUUUCCACGGUAUCACUGACGGACAAGAGACCAAGCAAAAUAUCAACAUCACCCAAAUAGCCCAACUCACCUCGGCACUCCUCCCCAACGGCGUGGCGUCCAUACCCGGCAACCCGGAUGCUGUACUCAUAGCCGAUUCCUUCGCUGGCCUAGUCUGGCGUCUUGACAUCCAAACUGGGCUUCACAAAGUCGCCGUCAAGGUACCGGAAAUGAGUGCACCAACUAAUUCCUCCGGCGGCGUGGUGGGCAUAAACGGCAUCAAAAUGCACCUGGGCUACUUGUACUGGACAAAUAGCGCAACCGUCAAAAUCUACAGAGUCAAGCUUGAUCGGGACGGCUACCACGAAGGGAACGGGACAGCAGCUGUCGAGACUGUAGCGGAUUUGAGCCCCCAAGCGACGUUUCUAGAUGACUUCGCCAUUGAUGACGACGGAGUGAUCUGGGUAGUGACAAAUUCAGACAACACGUUGCUUGCUGUCAAAGAAGGGAAGAAGGCGGUGCUGGUUGGCGGUGGAAAGACGGAGUUGACAUUUUCUGGGGACACGGCUGCUGCGUUUGGGAGAGACCAUAGAAGCCGGAAGACGCUUUAUGUGACUACGUGUGGUGGGUUGCGGGCGCCAGUUAAUGGGACGGUCACGGAGGGGGGCAAGGUGGUUGCUGUUGAUACUAGUGGUUUUCGGUUGUGA